UAAAAGGUAUCGAACACUUCAAGUCAGAUCAUAGAGAAACUCGAAUAUUAAACAUGGCGUUUUGGAUGAAACCAUCCAUGAGAGUACUAAUACUAUCAGUACUACUCAUAUUUCUUCUUCAAUCUGAAUCUUCAUUGGGAGCUUCAGAUUCAGCUUCAACCUUAGAAAGCUUUAAACAAUGCGUCUCACUAAACUCAGACCUCUCAGUUCUUCCACUCUCAAAUGUCUUCUUCGCCCCAAAAGACUCUUCCUUCACCUCAAUACUCCAAUCCUCAGCUCAAAAUCUUCGUUACCUGGUCCCUUCAGCACCCAAACCAGAGUUUAUCUUCACACCCUUGCACGAUUCCCACGUGCAAGCCACCGUUAUCUGCUCCAAACAACUCGGUCUCCAUCUCAGAAUACGAAGCGGAGGCCAUGACUACGAGGGUCUCUCCUACGUUUCAGAGAACGAAACCCCUUUCAUCGUCGUCGACCUCUCAAACCUUCGAGCCGUCAAUGUAGACAUCGAGGACAACACCGCGUGGAUUCAAUCCGGCGCCACCAUCGGCGAAGUUUACUACAGAAUUUCGCAGAAGAGCAAAGUUCAUGGCUUCCCGGCUGGGCUUUGCACCAGCUUAGGCAUCGGUGGCCACAUAACCGGCGGCGCGUACGGGUCGUUGAUGAGGAAAUACGGCUUGGGAGUUGAUAAUGUGCUCGACGCUAAAAUCGUCGACGUUCACGGAAAAAUACUCGAUAGAGAUUCAAUGGGAGAGAACUUGUUUUGGGCCAUCCGAGGUGGCGGUGGAGCCAGCUUCGGAAUCAUUCUUUGGUGGAAGAUAAAACUAGUGCCGGUACCGGAAAAAGUGUCGGUUUUUACAGUUGCUAAGACGUUGGAACAAGGAGCAACUAAGUUACUCUAUAGGUGGCAACAAGUUGUGGACAAGCUUGACGAAAAUCUCUUCGUUAGAACUAUUAUACAAACAGCAAGCGGCGGCGGAAGUGGCGGCGGCGAUAAGAGUCAAAGAACUAUAGUCACCGCCUAUCAGGGCCUAUUUCUCGGCGGCGCAGAUAAACUCAUGGGAGUCAUGGAAAAGAGCUUUCCUGAGUUGGGUUUGACCAAAAAAGACUGUACGGAGAUGAGUUGGAUUGAGUCUGUUCUUUACAUCGCCAGUUUUCCGGCUGGAACACCACCGGAAGUUCUUCUCCAAGGAAAGUCAACUUUCAAGAACUAUUUCAAAGCGAAAUCGGACUUUGUCAGAGAACCAAUACCUGAAACUGGGUUGGAAGGUUUGUGGAAGAGGAUGACAGAAGAGGACUCUCCUUUAACGAUUUGGACUCCCUAUGGUGGAAUGAUGAGCAAGGUCUCGGAAUCGGAAACGCCAUUCCCUCAUCGAAACGGCACCGUUUUCAUGAUCCAGUGGCUGUCGUUAUGGCAAGACGAAGAGAAAGACUCAGUUAAGCAUUUUGAUUGGAUUAGGAAGGUUUAUAGUUACAUGGCUCCGUACGUAUCAAAGUUUCCAAGGGAGGCUUAUGUGAACUAUAGAGAUCUUGAUCUUGGGAUGAACAAGAAAAAUGAGACGAAUUUCAUUGAGUCCGGUGGUUUUGGUAAUAGGUAUUUCAAGGCUAAUUUUGAUAAGUUGGUACUUGUUAAGACCAUGAUUGAUCCUGAUAACUUCUUCAGACAUGAACAGAGUAUUCCACCUCUUCCAAACUCCUCUUCACAAAGAAUUAGUUUGCUUCAUGUUAUUAAUUAAUAUGUACUUGUUUUGGUUAUAAGUUUAUCAAUGUUUGUAUUGAAGUGGAAAAAUGUCAUACUUCGGUAUAUAUACAUGUAUGUAUGUAUAGUUGUGGUACAUGUAGAAAAUGUGGAUGUUUAAUGUCAUUUUUCUCAGUACUAUACUGUACAA